AUGUAUUGUGGAGUUAAGGAGACCAAAGAGGAAAAUGGAAGUAUAAUAUUUGAAGUUCAUGACAGUAAUCCUUGGAAACCAAAGCAAAGAAUUGUAUCUUAUAAUACUUUGGACAAUGUGGCUCAUUGCUCAUGUAAGUUAUUUGAACAAGAUGGCAUUCCAUGUCGUCAUAUUCUUUGUGUUUUCAAGGGCAGAGGAAUUGAUGCAAUACCAUCAUAUUAUAUUGUUCACAGAUGGACUAAAAGUGCAACUUGUUCACUUAUAUUUGAUAUGGAUACUGUUGUAGAUGAAGAAUUGGUCGGUUAUGAUAUUGAUAAAAUUCGUGUUUUAAGGAAUGGGAUCAUAGAUUUAAAAAAAUCUUUGCUCGAGAGUACCAAUGUUUGUGUAGAUAACAAGACAAAUGAUUUGGAAGCAUAUGUGGAGUCUACCAUUCCAGUGAAAAUUGAUAUUCAUCCACCAAAGCAUUCAAUAACUAAAGGAAGUGGCAAGAGAAUUCCAAGUGGGAAAGAGAAGGCUAUUAAAGAUAAGCAAAAGCGACACAGACUCUGUAAAUCAUGUGGAAAAUAUGCACAACAUGAUAGUCGCAAUUGCCCUAUGAAAGAGGCUUGA